AUGGGGUUCACCAAAGUGAGCCAGAAAUUUGUGACUCAGGUAACUCCAGAGAGGAUGUUCAAGGCUUUGGUCCUUGAUGCCCACAACAUCUGCCCCAAGCUCAUGUUUUCAUCAAUCAAAAGUAUUGAUUUCGUUGAAGGUGAAGGGGAGGUAGGAACCAUCAAACAGAUCAACUUCACUGAAGCUAGCCCUAUGAGAUAUGUGAAGCACAGGAUUGAUGCUCUGGACAAAGAGGCACUCAGUUGCACCUACACUUUCAUAGAAUCCGAUGCAGAUAAUAGUUUGCUGGAAAAGCUUGAAUACAUAACUUAUGAUGUCAAGUUUGAGGGAUAUGGCAGAGGAGGAUGCAUUUGUAAUUUGACAAGCACAUACAAAGCCAAAGAUGAUAUACAUAUCAAAGAGGAGGACAUUGAGCUUGGAAAAGACAGAGCUAUUGGGAUGUAUGAAGUUUUGGAAGCCUACCUCAUGGCACACCCUCGUGCCUACACUUAA